AUGUCCCGGUUGCCUACAAAUUCCACAAAGAUUGACAUUUCUUCUUUAUUUAAGGGCAAAGCGAAGGCAGAACUCGAUUUCAUGUACUCCGGAGGAUUUCCUCGUUUGAAGCAAUCCUUCGUUUCUUCCGAUCCUAUAUCGGAAAGCCAGGAUCUCUUUAAGGAUAUGAUCUCAAGUGCAUCGUUUGCAAGAGGGGGGAUGUUGUACAACUCCCCUUUGUCGGAUGAAGCAAUGAUGUUUACUGGAGCUUGCUCAAGGUUACUCAGGUUCCCUUCACCCCCACAGCUGUCUACAACAUAUAUCAACAUCCCUAACUCAAGUCCACCCCCAAUUCAAAUUGAGGAGUUAAUUAACCGAGUUGACGAAGGAGAGUUUCAGAUUGUGUUCCUAGAACCCUUACAAGGACUGGGUGGCAUAUAUAGGUUUCAACAAAAAGACUUGAUCGAUUUGAGGAGUGCUUGUAACAAUUCCAAGACACUUCUUGUGAUGGAUUAUGUUCAAUGUGGGUUAGGGCGUAGCGGAUCUCUAUGGGCACAUACAACAUUAGGUGUUGAACUGGAUGCUAUGCUCAUUGGCUUUGGAGACGACAUUGGGAUUGGCGCCAUUGUUGUCAACGACUUACUUGCUGACUACAUUCAUUUUUAUCAGCCGGAUAAACAAUUCAUGCCCACACCACGUUGUCUGGAUGCCUCGAAGUUGCUUAACAUGGUAUCCCAACAGGAAUACCUGAACAAGGUCGAGAGAAGUGGGAACUAUUUGAUGGGGCCGUUAACCAAUAACUUGGGAAUGCAUCAUCAGGUUGUGGGCAUAAGAUCAGUUGGUCUUGUUGCUACUAUUCAGCUGAAGGUGAAUGCGCAUUCACUGAUCAUUGCAUGUCAACAGCUGGGACUUCAAUUGGACUUUGGGGGAAUACCCAACAGCAUUCAGAUGAUGCCACCUGCUGAGGUAACUGACUAA